AUGAAUUAUAUGCUUCAGAAGGCACAUGUUGCACAUUUUGGCCCAGAGUCAAUCAUACGACACUGUCAAGAUAUCAUAUUCUGGCCCGGUAUGCGGAACGAUAUACGGAAUGCUUGCCAAUCGUGUGGGACAUGUGCCCAAUUUCAAACACAGAAUUCGAAAGAACCCAUGAAGAGCCACCCCAUCCCACAGUAUCCCUGGCAAUUCUUAAGCCAAGACCUCUGCAUGUUUGAGUCGCACACUUACCUUAUCACUGCGAAUCCCUACUUCGACUUUAUCGAGGUCGACGAGGUCGAAAACACUCUAGCCAGCACCAUUGUGCCCAAAACAGAGACCCACUUCGCUCGUCAUGGAGUCCCUGAAACACUCCCUAACCGACAACGGACCUUAUUCAUUGGAACCGAGUUCGAAGUACUUUGUGGAAAAUACCAAAUUCAACACAUUACCAGCUCCCCCUAUUGGCCAAAAGGAAACGGCAAAGCAGAAGCCGCUGUCAAGAUAGUGAAGCAGAUUCUAAAGAAGUCAGGACCCCGCCAUCUACAAGAAGCCCUCCUCACCUAUCGCAAUACUCCACAGGCAGGACACAUCAUGAGCCCAGCCCGAAGAAGCAUGGGGCGACGCAUCCGUGGACUACUCCCAGUCUCCCAAGUCCUCUUAUUGCCAAAUUACAACACCGCAGCAUCUGUCCACGACACUAUUGCAGCAAAACGUGCAAAGGCCAAGCAACACUAUCAUACGACGGCGAACACUAAUCUACCCCCAUUCGGAAUCGGCGACUUUGUCUACGCCAAACCAGCGCCAAACCACAAGUCAGGCCCUUGGCUUUAUGGGCUUGUCACUGCAAUACCAGCUCCCCAAUCUUACAUUAUUGAGACCCCCCCACAGGGCUAA